AUGACUAAAAUAGACGGCGAUGGUGUCCUGCCAACGCCUCCUCUGCCGGAGAUUCAUCUAUCUAAACACAACCAUGCAGACUCUGAGACCAUUUCCCGGAUCAUCGAAGCGAUGAAACUGUCGGGGGCAUGUAUUGUACGAAACAUGUUCUCUUCUGCGUCGGUCCAGCAGGUCCAGAAAGACAUCAAAUCCCACAUCGCCGCGGCGGGUAAUUAUGGAGAUGGGACUGAAAGCACUUCGGUGGUGACCGCCCUGCUCAGCAAGUCUGAUGAGUAUGCGACUCACAUGUUACACCACCCUGCCUUCCACGGGGUGAUUAACCAUUUCCUAACCGAGAACAUUGGACCAUGCCAGGUAACCCGUGGCCAGCAAGCCUCUGUGACCAUUCCCCCCCAGAUCGACUCUACGGUAGCAGCCGUGGUGCACCCGGGAGGUGAGCCACACAAUCUUCACCGUGACGAUGUCGACCGGUUCAACGUCCAGCCCUUCGUACCUAAGUACGAGAUGGGCCGGGAUACCAAUGUCGCGAUGUUGACAGCUCUCGAUGCCACAACGCGAGCUAACGGAGCAACUCGCGUGCUGCCCGGCAGCCAUCUGUGGGACUAUAACACACUGAUGCCCCUGCCCGAUGAUGAACGUCUUGUCGACGCCAUCCUCAACCCGGGGGACUCACUGCUGCUGCUCGGAUGUACGCUGCACGGAGCCGGGGCCAACACGACAGAUGCCUCUCGUGCGAUCACCGCGUGUUUCGUCACCCGCGGCCGCUUACGCCAAAUGGAGAAUCAGUAUCUGGCCCACGACCUAGACAAGGUCCGGCAGUUUCCCUUGUGGCUAAAGCGGCUCAUGGGAUUCUCCGUCAUCGCGCCUGCAUGUGGCUGGAUCGAUAAGACAGACCCCUUGCGUAAGAUUGAUCCUCACGCGGGGGAGUUUAUCGAUAUCUGGGACCCAAGUGCAAUGAAGUUUCACUGA